UAUUUAAAUAUCUGUGUCUCUCCCCCCCCCACCCCCUCUAACACUUUCCUUGUUUGUAAGCACAAGUGACAAGAAAGUGUCAAUCCGGAGUAGGAAUAUUUUUAGUUUUCUCUUUUAGCUGCCAUUAUCUUUUUUUUUUUAAGAGGUUAGGAGUGGUCCUUAUUUCAGAAAAGAGCAUCUUAAUUGGAGAGGCUCUCCCUCUAAAUAGAUUUAUACCCAUACCCAUUUAGAAAGAGCUACCUUUUUCAGAGGUUGGCAUCCUACUCAGAAAGAUGGAAGAAGGAGCCAGGCAGCGGAACAGCACGGCAAAGGGCCACCCAGGUGGGAGCGAGGCGGCCGCCAGCCCCGAGACUGGUUCCGGAGGGGGCGGAGUAGCCCUGAAGAAAGAGAUUGGAUUGGUCAGUGCGUGCGGUAUCAUCGUAGGGAACAUCAUCGGCUCUGGCAUCUUUGUGUCACCAAAGGGCGUGCUGGAGAAUGCGGGCUCCGUGGGCUUUGCGCUCAUUGUCUGGAUCAUAACGGGCCUUAUCACAGCCGUGGGAGCCCUGUGCUACGCUGAGCUCGGGGUCACCAUCCCCAAAUCUGGCGGUGACUACUCCUAUGUCAAGGACAUCUUCGGAGGACUGGCUGGGUUCCUGAGGCUUUGGAUUGCGGUGCUGGUGAUCUACCCCACCAACCAGGCUGUCAUCGCCCUCACCUUCUCCAACUACGUGUUACAGCCGCUCUUCCCCACCUGCUUCCCUCCAGAGUCUGGCCUGCGACUCCUGGCUGCCAUCUGCUUAUUGCUCCUCACAUGGGUCAACUGCUCCAGUGUGCGGUGGGCCACCCGCGUCCAAGACAUAUUCACCGCUGGGAAGCUCCUGGCUCUCGCUCUCAUCAUCAUCAUGGGGAUUGUACAGAUUUGCAAAGGAGAAUACUACUGGCUGGAGCCAAAGAACGCGUUUGAGAAUUUCCAAGAACCUGACAUUGGCCUCAUUGCACUGGCUUUCCUUCAGGGCUCCUUCGCCUAUGGAGGCUGGAACUUUCUUAAUUAUGUGACUGAAGAACUUGUUGAUCCCUACAAGAACCUUCCCAGAGCCAUCUUCAUCUCCAUCCCACUGGUCACAUUUGUGUAUGUCUUUGCCAAUGUCGCUUAUGUCACUGCAAUGUCCCCCCAGGAGCUGCUGGCAUCAAACGCAGUCGCUGUGACUUUUGGAGAGAAGCUCCUAGGGGUCAUGUCUUGGAUCAUGCCCAUUUCUGUGGCCCUUUCCACAUUUGGAGGCGUCAAUGGUUCUCUCUUCACCUCCUCCCGGCUGUUCUUUGCUGGAGCCAGGGAGGGCCAUCUUCCCAGCGUGUUGGCCAUGAUCCACGUGAAGCGUUGCACCCCAAUCCCAGCCCUGCUCUUCACAUGCAUCUCAACCCUGCUGAUGCUGGUCACCAGCGACAUGUAUACACUCAUCAACUACGUGGGCUUCAUCAACUACCUGUUUUAUGGGGUCACAGUUGCUGGACAGAUAGUUCUUCGCUGGAAGAAGCCGGACAUCCCCCGCCCCAUCAAGGUCAACCUGCUGUUCCCCAUCAUCUAUUUGCUGUUCUGGGCCUUCCUGCUGAUCUUCAGCCUCUGGUCGGAGCCCGUGGUGUGUGGCAUCGGCCUGGCCAUCAUGCUGACCGGAGUGCCUGUCUAUUUCCUGGGUGUUUAUUGGCAACACAAGCCACAGUGUUUCCAUAACUUCAUCGAGUGGAUGACCCUGGUGAGCCAGAAGAUGUGUGUGGUUGUGUACCCCGCGAUGGACGGGGGCUCGGGGACGGAGGAGAUGAGCAAGGACAUGGAGGAGCAGCAGCAGCCCAUCUACCAACCCAGUGGGGCCAAGGACAAGAGCUCAGAGGAGCAGCUCUAGCCUUGAGGGCCCCACCUAUUCUCAGCUGGUUCCUCCCUCCCUCCCCCCAUUCCUGCCUUCCUUCCCUGCCCAGGUCCCCCCAGCACGCGCGCAUGUGCGCGCACACACACACACACAUACACACGCUCCUCUCUGUCAAGCAAGGGCAGGCCCUGGGUCUGGAUGGUGAGACACUAAACCAAGACUGACACUUAAACCCAAAGAACCAGCCUCUCACCCUGGGACUUGUGUCCAAAGGCCCCACCAGGCCUGUCCACAUUCUGUUAGAGGAUAUUGGGGCUCUCAGGGGUGCCCCUUAGGACCUACCCUCUCUUCUGGGCCCACGCAUUCUAUUUCCUCCCCUCAACGACCUUCCCUCGAAUUCCUGAGCCCAGGGGAGGCCUGGCUCAGAGAAAAGUGGCAGCAACUGCAGCCAGUUGGGGAGGGACAGACUCAAGCUAAUUUGUCACCACUGAAGAUCAGCUGGAGAGACCCAAGUCCCCCUCCCUUCAGUAGGGACCCAAGAAACCAGAGGGGAUGCUUCUCUCCACCCUGUACUCCUGGGUACUUGCCCCUGCCUCCUAAGCUCCCUGUCCAGUCAGGUUUCUGUCAGGACACCACCUCCCCACUGAGCUAAGGACCAAUGAGCAGGAGAACCACCCCCACCCCCAGCAGGGCCAGGCCUGGGGAACAGCUGGGAAAGGCUCAGAUUGCAGAACCCAGCCCUGCUCCUGCAUCCUGCCCCCAACUCUGUGCCAAAGCUUCUGGAAGCCAGAAAGGCUUUUUAUUUUCAGCAUAGUAGAUGUCUCUCUCCUAAUGACAAAGCAGUUCCGCUUUUCCUCCCUCCCAUCCCCAGGGGAAGACUCAGUCACCCAGUUACCCCUGUUGCUAGCCUGACACACCCCCGCCACACCCCCAGUGAGCUCUGCCCACUGCCCCGCCAUGCCCUGUUCUUCCUCCAGGACCAGACUGGGUGUGAAGUCUCCCCAAGCCCAUCAGGCCUGAAAUCCAAGCCAAAUCAGCCUUAAGUCACCUCCCAUCCAAGAACUGGGCCUAAAAAUACUCCCUUAUUUCUAAACCUAGGCACAGAGCUGGUCUGAAAUGCACUCCAGGAGGAAGGGAGGGAGCAAAGGAGGCUGCUGGUCCACCUCACUAGAGGUGCCCAUCCCAUAACCUUGGAGACUGUUCUGGAGAAGGUGUUUUCAGAAAACAGUACCCCCCCUUGCCCCAACUCAGAUAAACGCUUCUGAUAAUCCCUGUCACUGUCCUGUCUAGACAGCCUCCAGGGCAGGAUGAGAGGGCAGUGGCAGCCUGGCACCUCCUGGAAGGCCCGUCUCUGUGGCACGCGGACUCCCAGCAUCCUUCAGGCUGAGGCCACUUUCCCUGUGCUCCUUGGGAAGGCCUCCCCACCAUGAGGAUGAGGAUGAGGAGCCUUUUAUCCCAAAGCACGAUUCCUGGGGCACCCCCCUCUUCAUCUUUUCUGCUUAAUACUGGAAUACCUGGGGAGCCACUCCUGUCCCGGAUGGACCUCCCAACUUCUACCUGCCUGCCUGCCCUCAACUUGCUGAGGCCAGGACUGGUCGGGAGGACUAGGGCUGGCCCCUGGAGGGUCAGGGGACCAUCCUCCUAUACCCUCAUCUCAUUCCUCUAACCUCCUCCCCUCUUUCAAUUAUUAUUUUUUGUAAAGUGGAUGCCUUACUUUUUGGAUAAAUAUUUUUGAAGCUGGCAUUUCUAUUUCUUUUGGAUUUUGUAAUGUAAGGUUGUUUUUUGUUGUUUUGGGGGUGUGUGGUGGUGAGGGGUGGUUAUUAUACUAGAAUAAUAUUCUUCUGCCUUUCAGUUAUUUAGAUUUUAGAAGGUUUUUGUUUUGUGAAGGCUUUCUUUUUUCCUUUUGAUGUAAUAAAAUUUUAAAUGAAAAUAAAGUCUGUGGUACUGAUAAUUAAAUGACCACCUGCAGGCCCUACCUGGUGGCACAGUAAGUUAAAGCC